AUGGGGUAUUCUAUUAAGCAAAAGAUUGAUAUAUGUCUUAUGGCUGAGGCAAAUCCUGAGAUGACACAAGCUGAUUUGGCCUUGUGGGCUAAAAAGCAUUAUAACUCACAGAAACCACCUUCACAAACAACAAUAUCAAGAAUUUUGGCUAAAAAGGAUGAACUAAUUGCAUUAAAAGAACAUGAAUUCAAGCUGAUCAGAAGAAGAAGACUAUCAAACCCACUUUUGAGAAAAGUUUUAUUAGAAUGGAUAUCGCAAUGUGUAUGGAGUAACAUACCAAUAACAGCUCCUAUUUUAAUCAGUUCUGCUUCAAAUUUUUGGAACUUACUACCAGUCUCUUUAAGAGAAGGUAAUGGUGAGUUUUCGUAUAAAUGGUGCUCGCAAUUUUUAUCAAAAGUAAACAUCAAUUUAAGUAAUAUAGAACAAGAACUUUAUAAAAAAUUGAAGAUUUGGUCAUUUGAUGAAAGAUCAGUUUUACAAACUUACUUGGUUGACUUUGACCCUAAGAAAAUAUUUACAUUGGAUGAAAUAUUCUUAAGUCAUGAUUUACCAUUAGAUAAGAGUUAUUAUGAUGAUACAUCAGAUUUCUUAACUUGUAUGCUUUGUGUUAAUGCUGAUGGAUCUGAAAAAUUGAGUCCUUUAAUUAUUGGUCGUUAUGAAGACUAUCCAUCUUUUGAAAAUAAAUCAAGUAUCAAAGCUGCAACAAAACAUGGUGUUAGUUAUCAUAGUAAUAGACAGAAAUGGUUGACAUCAUCUGUAUUUUAUGAUUGGUUAGCCAUGUUGGAUAAAAGAUUGGCACUACAGGGGAAGGAUAUCAUCAUUAUCUUGGAUGAUUCUGCAUCACAUCGUGUCAUAAACAUCAAAUUACAAAGAAUAAGGCUUCUGUUUACUUCAUCUGCAGCUUCAAGCUUCUUACCAAUGAGUUGGGGUGUUGCAAAUGAUUUUAGAUUAACAUUCAGAGUUCAGCAAUAUAAAAAGCUUUUAGAGAGACAACGUGAAAAGGAUAAUAAAAUUUUAAGCAAGAGAGAUCUGAAAUUUUCCAUGGUUGAAAUAUUUGAUUUGAUUAAAUCUUCUUGGGAUCAGAUUCCUUCUUCAAGAAUAAAAGGUGCAUGGAAACAAAGUGGUAUAUUACCUAAAUAUAUAACCGAUAGAUUUGAAAGAUCAAGAAUGUUCGACGAUAGUCUUGAAAUCAAACUAUUUCAUUUUAUUAAUGAGCUUAAGGUUAAAGAACAAUGGGAUGUCUUAUCUUUAUUGGAUUUAUCAGUUGAACAAAAAAUCAACAAAGCUUUCUUAUCAAAUGAAGAAACAAUACAAAGUUGUAUUGUGGAUAAUUAUGAUGAUUUUGAUCAUAGUGAUGGUGAACCAAAAAGAAAACCAUUUUCCCAUACUCUUGGACAAGGUUUACAAAGAUUACAAAGAUUAGGUGAAAUGCAUUUAGCUGCAAGUCAACUAACACUUGAUUCUGAUUUUGAUAUGGAUUUAGAUCCUGAUGAAUUUGAUAUUGAUGAUAUGGACUUUAAUGAUAACAUUCCUUAUCCAAAUUAUGGCUUGUAUUACAAUAAUCAAAAUAAUAACAACACCCAAAGUUUAGAAAAUCAACUAUUCCACCCAGAUACCGGAUUGAGCUCAGCUAAUAAUUUUUCAUCAAUAGCAAACCAAAGGCAACCAUCCGUUGAUUCAACAGGAUCCAACACUCAUCAACCAUUCAGCAACUUUGAAGAUUUCAAAGACUUUUCAAGGCGGUUAACUUCAGCGGAUGUACAAUUGGAUUCUUCACGUCAAAACUUAACAUCUGCACCAAUCUCAACCAGCACAUCUGCAUCUCAAUACAAUCAACAAACAUCAUCCAAUAUAAAUACAAAUGGUACUGAAAUCACACCAGCUCAAAAACUGUUGAUUAUUGUCAACUUCCUGAAGUUAUUAGAAGUUGAUGAAGAUAUUAACUUGACCAGUGAAACUACAGAUGAAGUGAAGAUGUUAUAUUACCAGUAUUUGAAUAAAGUCAGAGAACAACAACAAAGGUUGAAUCUUAACUGA